AGAGCAAGGAGCAUAACUUACAGCUGCCCUUAACACCGGUGGCUUAGUUAUUUGUUUCGUGUUUUCAACAACUAAUUGCUUUGAUUCGUUGUUUUUUCUUCCUUUUGCAUAUAUUUUACGAAAUUUCGAUUUUGAAAUUCGUCGCUGUUUACUUCCUUGCCUUCCCAUUUUCUUUGCAUGGCCUUGUCACCUAAGCCUAAUAUUUGUUGAAAGAUAGAAGUUUUCGACGUAUGCCUAUUGCUAUCCGUAUCCCGAAACCUACCAAGUGAAAAGGAUCAUCUUGAAUAAUUGAAAAAGGUUAGUUGAUCGGCCCUUCUCAUUGAAAAAUUGUCGUCAUCUUCGUUUGCAUGUGUAGAUCUUUUGUUGGGCUUGGGACCAGUAUCGUAGGAAGAUCUAAGUUUCUUCAAGGAUUCAUCAGUUUAUGAAAAGUACAUCUUCAAAAUAAAUGAAAAGGAUGUCGUCUUGGUUAGAGAAGCCGGACUUCGAGGAAACGGUCGAAUCCGUGAGGAUUCAGGCCUUUGCUCGGGAGCUGACGAAUACUACAGCUAGUCAUGAGCUUUCGAACAAGUUCCAGGGUCUCCCGUGGCCUCAAUUCAUGGAUUCUUUGCUCUCCUCAGCUGGCCUGCUGUCCGAAGCGGCUGGUGAGGCAGAAGAAGUAGUGGAUAUUCUCGUAUUGCUCAAAGGCGGGGAAAGUCGCACACUGCAGUUCCAGACACGAGGACCGCCUCCGAUCGAAUCCGUUUAUGGACCGGGGUUUUUGUACAGUUGUCCAGAUGGGGGUCAUAUUUACAUGACGUCAGCAGUUGGUGCUUUGAGUGGGACGAGCUUGUUGAAGACUUCAGCUGUGACGACCUGCUCUUCGCAGGAGAUGCUAUCUGCCGCGUCUGCAACUCAGGAGGUGUCGUCGAUGAAAUUGACGUUUUCGCAAUCUCAAGUCCUGGAGAGCUAUGGCCACGGACCAGCCCAUGUCAAGCUUGCCGGAGAAGGCGAAGCUUCUUCUACAACGACGUAUCAUAGGAUGGAGAACGAGAUAUCUACCGGAAGUUCAGCCCAAGAACCAGCAGGUUUAAUGCAUGCGAAUCGUAAGCACUCGUGGAUGCGACACGUACGUUUAAACGAUGACCAGCAACCAGAGUCUCCACCAGGGAGCCCGCCUCCACUUUCGAGAGACACGCACGUGACGUCUCUGCGCAGUGUGCCUGAGGGGUAUGGAUUGAUGGAAGCGCCUUUUGCUCCAGGAACGAGUCCACAACAAAUGGAGAAUGCAGUUGUCGAUGGACGACAAGCUGUCCCAUCACCCAUUUUGAUGCAGCAUCGAGCCAGAAUCGGUCUCCCACCUGCUGUGCGUGACAGAACCAUGAGUUUGCGCAGAGAUUUCAGUGUGAGGGAAGACUUCUUAGAGGGAUUGCAAAGUACUGAACAUCAGACUGAGCUUUUGCGUGCUUUCUUGUAUCGUGUGAAUGCCCGUGUGCACUACGCGAUGGAUCAAAUGGGGUUGCGGGUGCCUUUCGAAUUUACCCAAGCGGCUGGAGCGGCUACCGCUGGAGUUCUGAUGACGCAGGCGACGGCCUUGAAGAGGCAAAUGGAGAUGAUAGCAGCGCACUAUGCGUCCCCACAAUAUCUUGCCUGGUUGUUGCGACAACACCUGACAGGAUUUGAGAAGCAGCUGUACGCGAGUUCUCGAGCACUGUUGAUGCGUGGCUCACGAGAAGUAGACUCCUUGAACCUGGACGGAAAGUUGUCGGCAGCAUUGGCUUAUGCAGGUCAUGAGGCUGGCGAGUUGCUCUUUGUGGCUCGCGAUAGCCUAG